GUUUUUUUAUAUUCUCAGGUGGAGGGCAACUAGUGGUGGCGUUUGGCUCGAGAGGGGAAGACGUGACAAAGCAGAAGAAGAGAACGCUCAACGUGAUACAAUAUAGUUGAAGGAAAAGUCGAAAUUAGAAAGGAAAGCUGAGACCGUUCCUGUUGAUUUAGAAGAAGCAUUCAAGAGGAAAUAUAGGACUGAAUAAGAGAGCACCCGGACACAAGUGGGGGAAGAAAAUCAGAGCAGGGAAGGGUGUUGACUCUAGGAAGAAAGACAGCAGACGAAAGCCUUGGUCUGUGUUUAAAAAAAGGGGGAGAGAUCGAGAGAGUUAUAAAAAAAAUCUUGACUGAGAAGCAGCGGAGAGUAUUGGUGGAGGAGGCGCGACACAGAAAAGAGAGAGGAGAAGAGAGACAGACCGAACUCUUGGGGCGAGGAAUUUCUGGUUUGAAGCAGAAGGGAGAAGACACACACACACACACACACGCACAGAGUGAGAAAGAGAGGAGAACUCGGUUAAGAGGGCAGAAGAAAACCAACGAGGCAAGUCCGGAAGGUCACCAAAUUGAGCAUUCCUUUAGGCCGUAUUCCUUUUCAGACUUUCCAAAGUCUGGUGCUACUUAUCAAACUAUUGAUGUUAGUGAUGGACAUAAAAUGGAAACCAAUUUGGUGUUUAAAGAACUGGACAGAUCCUUGCAGUACCUCUACCGCGCCUUUUGUAUGACUAUUUGAAGGGCCAUCUUAUGGCACAAUCUUGCGGGUCUGAUUUUAUGUUCUGCAACUUGUGCGGGACAACGCUAUCUUUAGUUUCAAUCGGUUAUGCUGAAUGUCCUUUGUGCAAGUUCCGACGAAAUGCGAAAGAUAUCAUUGGUAGAGAAAUGUCUCACACAGUCAGUGCUGAGGAAAUCAGAAGAGAGCUGGGCAUCUCACUGCUUGAUUUAGGGAAGGCACAAACUGAAAGUGAAUUUCCAAAGAUACAAAGAGCAUGUGAAAAAUGCCAGCACCCAGAACUCCUAUACUCAACCAGACAGACAAGAUCAGCGGAUGAAGGGCAGACAACCUACUAUACUUGCCCAAAUUGCGGACAUCGAUUCACAGAGGGCUGAAUCUCUUGUUGUGGCUUUCGAUAUUGAAACGGAAAUUGCUUCUCGUGGAUAGAAGAGACUGACUGGGGAUGGCAGGGAAGGGAUAUAUAUAUAGCAUUCUUUUUGCUUCACAAUGAAGCUCACUUAUUUUCUCUUUUAUGUUUCUCUUUGGACGAGGCUCACACUUGUUUACUUGGGUGGUCUAAUUAUUGAAAAUUACAUGCAACAAAUGCUUUCUA